GGCCCCCGCAGCAGGGGCGAUUGUGUCAGCACCGGGAGGACCAUGCUGGGACUCUGGACCUGCCUCUCGCCCUGGAGGAACGGCCACCGCUCCGGACAACACUGAUUACCCGAGAGAGGCAAGUAUUCAAGGGGUGCUUCACAAAUUAUCUUCCUUAAACCCCAACCCCCUUCCCAUCCCAAGACAACACCCCCGCUUCUGGUCUGCAGCUCUUGGGGGACAAGCGACGAGCUGGCGGCAAGGUGGUGAGGGAACUUUCUUCCAGAAUGAAGUGGAAAGCAGUGGUCUUUCUUCCUGGCUGUGGCGACCCAUGCCAGGUAAAACCCCAACCAGGGUCUCCCGUCCAAUUCUCUGUCCCAGGUAAAGGGGUCGGGAUUGGAGGAGCAGCCUAUUGGAACUGAGGUUCGCUGAGCCUGGGGCUGCUUCGGAGGGCCGUAGGAGCGGGUAAUAGGGCUUGGAAUCUGCCAAAGGUGCCGAGCCCGCCGCCAAGUUCACAAAGAAGAAAGGAGGCAGUGAGGGCGCCUGGAAAGCGGCAAGCGGCUUCUCAGCCCGGAACCUGAGAGCUCCUAAGGGGUACUCGACCAGCUCGAGCUGUAGGGGCGUCUAGUUUUCGUACCUACCCGCGGGGCGACGCCGAAACCCAGCUUGCAGUUUAUCUGGCUCGGUCUGGCGCCGCGUCGGAGGUGGGCAGCAUCACAGAUUUGGGAGUGCGCGCUCUCCGGACCCAGCCUCUCCAAGCCCACCGCCGCCGCCUCGUCUCCCGCACUGCUCGCCCUUCAGACUCUGGAUGCCGCUGACGAGUUGCAUGCAGAAAAGCGGCGGGGUUAGGUGUUCCAGACCUCUCCUCUCUGAUUUGCCCGCCACAAGAUCUUGAGCGCCAGGAGUCCUGGGAUUCUGCCUGCAGAAGACCAGAGAGCCCAGUGCCGAAAGAUAAAAUCUGAGAAGUGCCGGGAGGCAGCUGGGUAACCAUCCCAGUGCAAAGGGCUCUGCGUACCCGCUGCAACUGAGGCAAAUAAUCCCACUAAUCCGGGAGGGAAAAGGAGAGGCUCCGGUGAUUGCACCCAGGAGGGAGCCAGGUCCGCUGGCAAAGCGCAUCUGGUGCAGACACGUUCUUGUCUCGCCUUUUACCCUGGCGGAUGGAGCGCCUGUACUUCAGGGCCCUACCUCGGGAUUAGAAUCAGGCUGCUGAAGGUCCCCAGAGCCCCUCCACUGCGAGUCCGAGACUCCAGCUUCAGCACUAGAGGCUGGACAGCGCCCUGGUCCGAGAGCGCCCAAGCUGCCCUUCUGGCCCACAUUUUCAGUGACAAGUAGAAAAGCUGGAUGGAUGGAGACAAUGGCCUCUAAUUCCGUGUAAGAGAAGACCCAUAACGAACGUCCCAGGAAGGCUGUGCCGAAACAACUUACUGUGAAGAAACACCCUGCCCCAUAAGACCAAGAAAAGACACCUGGGUUCCCCCAUUGUGUAUCUUUGAUGAGGUUGUUGCCUCACUGGCAGGUUACCUCCCAGGCCUCCCUUGCCCUGAGCGGUGAGCUGAUUGGGAUGGUACCCCGGGAAGCUCCUGAGUCUGCCCAGUGCCUGUGUCCUUCUCUGGCCAGCCUGAAUGCCAAGGAUGUGCUUCGGAGGAAGCACAAGAGGAGGAGCCGACAGCACCAGCGGUUCAUGGCCCGGAAGGCUUUGCUUCAGGAGCAGGGGCUGCUGAGCACACCCCCAGAACCGGGAUCCUCCCCACUGCCCAUGCGGUGGGGGGCACCGCCUGGCAGGGAAGCCUCCAGCAGGGCGAGGCAGCAUCCAAAGGCUGAAUCUGGAAAUGCCUCUGCCAGCAGAAAGCCCACCCCCAGGGAAUUUGCUGGGCCCGUGCCCACCAGGUGCGUGGCUAUCGACUGUGAGAUGGUGGGCACGGGACCCCGAGGGCGAGUGAGUGAGCUGGCCCGCUGCUCCGUGGUGAGUUACCAUGGCGACGUCCUCUACGACAAGUACAUCCGGCCUGAGAUGCCCAUCGUGGACUACCGUACUCGCUGGAGUGGCAUCACUCGGCAGCACAUGCGCAAGGCCAUCCCCUUCCAGGUGGCCCAGAAGGAGAUCCUGAAGCUCCUGAAGGGCAAGGUGGUGGUGGGCCACGCGCUACACAACGACUUCCAGGCUCUCAAAUACGUCCACCCUCGGGGCCAGACCCGGGAUACCACUUAUGUCCCGAACCUCCUCAGCCAGCCGGGCCUCCACACCCGGACCCGGGUCUCUCUCAAGGACCUGGCCCUGCAGCUGCUGCACAAGAAAAUCCAGGUGGGCCAGCACGGGCACUCGUCGGUGGAAGAUGCCAUGACGGCCAUGGAGCUCUACCGGCUGGUGGAGGUGCGGUGGGAAGAGCAGGAGGCCAGCAGCCUCCAGACGCACGCUGAGGACAGAGACCCCGACAGCAGCACGGACAUGGAGCAGUAUAUGGAGGACCAGUACUGGCCUGAGGACCUGGCCCAGGGCACCAGCAGAGGAAUGGGGGAGGCGCAAGGCAGGAGGGAGUGAGGGAGGAGAGGCUCCCGUGGAGAGUGGGGUCAGGAGAGCACUAGGGCGUCAUCCUGGCUGGGGCAGGAUGCUGCCAGCUGCCCCAAGAGUCAGUGGAGUUGGGACCAUCUGUCCUCUGAGCUCCCUUUGCCCCCAGCCCUCCCCUCUCCAGGGCUGUGGUCUGCUUUUUCCCCCUGACUCCUGUGGUUUUGCUAAUGGCACUUUACAGACACCAGGAAAAUGUCAGGUGGGCCAGCUGCUGGAGCCCAGCAGGAGUAGGGAAGGUGCCCACAGACAGCCCCAGGCUGUCAUGCCUUCCCGCCCCCAAGGUGUGCUCUCUCCAGGGGUAAUGUCUCCUCUGGGGGUGGUAGGGGGAGGGGUCAAUGACCUGGACCUCCCUUAGCUCAGCUCAGUGGCCUGGGGUAAGGUUUUCUUCUGUUGUUGCCAUCUACCUCUUCCUCCACAGUCAUUUUCAGGUUCGGAAUAAAGAUGCCCUGAAGCUGUAGAGAUAAGGCCAUCUCUCUGUAGACUUCAGGGACAUUUCUUCCCCUUCUCUCAGGACUGGCACUCUGGCUGAGCCAUUGUAGGAACUACUAGGCUACAAUGGAACAGCAGAGCCCACAGGCCCGUGGGGAGCUGGUCCUCAUAGCUGCCAGACAUCACUAUUCUGGGAGGAGGGGAAACAGGCUUUGGGUAGAGACCAGCAUGUUUAUUUUGACCGAAAUCAGGCAUUCCUCCUGCCCACCCAGCACGAGGCUCUCUUAAGCAAAAGCCUGAGAAGCAAGACAGCAGUUUGAAUUCUGGGACCCCGGUGCAGAAUUGCCCACAAGGAACCUUUAUUUAUUGCGGGCAGGGCGGCGGGGCUGUAGAGGAGCAGAGGGCAGGUCCGCUGGGACCAGGCUGGGCCUUGAUGGCCAUGCAGCUGUGCCUG